UAUAAACAAAAAGUGCCAUUAACGAAUGGGUAGAAGUCGAGGGGUGGAGCCUCUGUCCUUGUGCCUGAAGCGAAUGUCCCUCAAUGCGCCUGCGAGACUCCCACGCCCUGGGAAGGAUGCCUAUCGAUUCGCUCUGGGCUCGGCAGCUCUCUCUGAUAGCAGGCGGCCAUCUUGCCUGGAGCCUGAGAAAGGGAAGAGAGACAGAGGGAACCGGCGACAGUGGUCUCAGGGCCGCCCCGGGGGGCCUCAAGAACCGGAGGCAGCCCCGGAGGCUCCCGCGGGCGGAGGCGCCAGAGGAGGAGGCCAGGGAAUGGCCGCGGUGUGGCAGCAAGUCUUAGCAGUGGACGCGAGGUACAACGCGUACCGCACACCAACGUUUCCACAGUUUCGGACGCAGUAUAUCCGCCGGCGCAGCCAGCUGCUGCGGGAGAAUGCCAAGGCUGGGCACCCCCCAGCACUGCGUCGGCAGUACCUGAGGCUUCGGGGGCAGCUGCUGGGCCAGCGCUACGGGCCCCUCUCCGAGCCAGGCAGUGCUCGUGCCUAUAGCAACAGCAUCGUCCGCAGUAGCCGCACUACCCUUGACCGCAUGGAGGACUUUGAGGAUGAUCCUCGGGCCCUGGGGGCCCGUGGGCACCGCCGUUCUGUCAGUCGAGGCUCCUACCAGCUGCAAGCACAGAUGAACCGUGCCGUCUAUGAGGACAGGCCCCCUGGCAGCGUGGUGCCCACGUCAGCGGCAGAGGCAAGCCGGGCCAUGGCUGGGGACACAUCACUGAGCGAGAACUAUGCCUUUGCAGGCAUGUACCAUGUUUUUGACCAGCACGUGGAUGAAGCAGUUCCACGAGUGCGCUUCGCCAAUGAUGACCGGCACCGCCUGGCCUGCUGCUCACUCGACGGCAGCAUCUCCCUGUGCCAGCUGGUACCCGCCCCGCCCACGGUGCUUCGUGUCCUACGGGGCCACACCCGUGGUGUCUCUGACUUCGCCUGGUCCCUCUCCAAUGACAUCCUCGUAUCCACCUCACUUGAUGCUACCAUGCGCAUCUGGGCCUCUGAGGAUGGCCGCUGCAUCCGGGAGAUCCCUGACCCCGAUGGUGCUGAACUGCUCUGCUGUACCUUCCAGCCUGUCAACAACAACCUCACCGUGGUGGGGAACGCCAAGCACAAUGUGCAUGUCAUGAACAUCUCCACGGGCAAGAAAGUGAAGGGGGGCUCCAGCAAGCUGACAGGCCGUGUCCUUGCUCUGUCCUUUGAUGCCCCUGGCCGGCUGCUCUGGGCGGGUGAUGACCGUGGCAGUAUCUUCUCCUUCCUCUUCGACAUGGCCACAGGGAAGCUGACCAAAGCCAAGCGUCUGGUGGUGCAUGAGGGGAGUCCUGUGACCAGCAUCUCAGCCCGGUCCUGGGUCAGCCGCGAGGCCCGGGACCCCUCGCUGCUCAUCAAUGCUUGCCUCAACAAGUUGCUGCUCUACAGAGUGGUAGACAACGAGGGGACCCUGCAGCUGAAGAGAAGCUUCCCCAUCGAGCAGAGCUCACACCCGGUGCGCAGCAUCUUCUGUCCCCUCAUGUCCUUCCGCCAGGGGGCCUGCGUGGGGACUUCCCACCAGGGGCACCCCAGGCGCCUCCCGAUGGCCUCUCCCUCUCACCCCGACAGUGACAGGCAGUGAGGACAUGUGCGUGCACUUCUUUGAUGUGGAACGGGCAGCCAAGGCUGCUGUCAACAAGCUGCAGGGCCACAGUGCGCCCGUGCUUGAUGUCAGCUUCAACUGCGACGAGAGCCUACUGGCCUCCAGUGACGCCAGCGGCAUGGUCAUCGUCUGGAGGCGGGAGCAGAAGUAGGGUCCUGCCGGCCCUGCUGCUGUCCACCAUCUCAUCCCUUUACUCCAGCCUCGUGUUGUAAAUAAAGCUUCAGUGGUUGUGCUGAGGGCCGGCUCCCAGCUCUGCCGGGGACUGGCAGGGGAGCAGGCAGCUCCAGGAACACGGUG